AGGGCAACUGGUGGACUCGUGGCUGAGGUUGCUGAUCCUUGUUCCCGGUGGCCGCAGAACCAGCCUGCCACCCCCGUCCCUGCCAGCUGGGGUGGCGAGCUCGGGCUGUUUUGGAGCCCUGGCCUGGCCUGCCCCACAAUCCCGGGUGGGGCUGCUGACGUAGCUGAGGGUUCUGGGAACCCCAGCGAGCAGCAGUUCUGGGAAGGCUGCUGCUCCGGGGAGAAGUGUGUUCCUGGCCACCUGCCAGACUCAGCUGGGCUGUCCCGGAAGCCCCAGGAAGCUCCAGGCUGGCUGACGAUGGUGGAGUUUCAGGGGUCAGAGGCUCCAAGGCCACCCCCCCACCCCCAGCCUUGCUGUCUUUGGCAUCCUCUCCACAUACCUCCUGGGGCCGGGGCUGACUGCAUCCUGUCUGCAGAUCCAGCUCCCCUCUUACAACCUGGGGUUUGCUGCCAAGAGAGGGAAGGCGAGCAGGAGGCCUGUACACCCUGCAGGGCUGAGGGAUGGUCUUGCUGCAUGACUUCUGGGCUGCCGCCGGCUUCUGACAUUCCGAGACUCAUCACUCACCUCCCCAAAGAUAAAGGAGUGCGCUAGACAGGACAUCCCAAUGGGGUGGCUUCACCCUGGGCUCGUGCUCCCUGUGAGCUACCUGAUCCUGGUGUGGGCGACAGGCUCAGGAAGUAUCCGGAUCCUGCAGAAGCCCACCUGCCUCUCCGACUACGUCAACACCAUCACUUGCGAGUGGAGGACUUCUGGUCCCACCGACUGCAGCAGUGAGCAACUCCUGUUCUACCAGCUGGUUUUUAUAAACACUGAGAACCGCGUGUGUGUCCCCCAAAAUAAGAACAGCUCGGUGUGUGUGUGCAACAUGCUGUUGGAUGACAUGCUGUACAGUGUGGACGUCUACCAGCUGCAGCUGCAGGCUGGGGAGCAGCAGCUGUGGAAAGGCUCCUUCAUGCCCUUCGAGCACAUCAAACCCAGAGCCCCAGGGAACCUCACGGUUUACACAAACAUCUCCAACACAUUGCUGCUGACGUGGAGCAACCCCUACACUUCUGAUGAUUUGCUGUACAAUGACCUCGCCUACCUGGUCAACAUUUCAAAUGAAAACAACCCUGCAGAUUUCCUCAUCUACAAUGUGACCUACCAGGAGCCCACCCUCCGCCUCGCAGCCAGCACCCUAAAGUCUGGAGUCUCCUACAGGGCGCAGGUGAGAGCCUGGGCCCAGAAUUACAACAGCACCUGGAGCGAGUGGAGCAGCAGCGUCACGUGGCAGAACUACUACGAGCCGCCCUUGGAGCAGCGGGUUUCCUUGGCUGUGGGCACCUCCUGCGUGUUCAUCCUCAUUGUCUGCCUGUCCUGCUACUGCAGCAUCAUCAAGAUUAAGAAAGAGUGGUGGGACCAGAUUCCCAACCCAGCCCACAGUCCCCUCGUGGCUAUUGUCAUCCAGGAUUCCCAGGUGUCGCUGUGGGGGAAGCAGUCCCGAGGCCAGGAAUCAACCAAGUGCCUACACUGGGAGACUUGUCUCAACAAGCUCCUGCCCUGUUUGCUGGAGCACAGUAAGGAAAAGGACGAGGGUGCCCUCAAGGCUGCCAGAGAUGGGCCUUUCCCAGGCCCUGGAAAAGCAGCCUGGCGUUCUGUGGAGGUCAACAAGAUGGUCCUUUGGGCAGAGAGCGUCAGCGUGGCACAGUGUGUGGAGCUGUCGGAGGCCCACGUGGAGAGCGAGGAGGAGGAGGAGAAAGAGGAGGAAGAUAAAGGGAGCUUCUGCCCAUCGCCCGAGAACACUGGGGGCAGCUUCCAGGAAGGUAGGAAGGAUAUCGCGGCCCGGCUGACAGAGAGCCUGUUCCUGGACCUCCUCGGGGGCGAGGAUGGGGGCCUGUGCCCACCUGGCCCAGGGGAGUCAUUCCUUUGUACACCUUCAGAAAAUGUGAGUGCCCAGGUGCCCUGCACCCAGAACCCAAGUGCAGGGUCCAGAGUGGACUGUCCCCAGGGCCAGGAGCAGCCUUCCGACCCGGAGCCGAAUCCUCCAGCCAGCCUGACACAGAGCUCUGCCAACCUGGCUUUUGGGGAGACGCCUGCUGUCAUCACAGACAACUCUGCUUACCGCAGCUUCAGCGACCUCCUAAGCCAGUCCCCAGGACCUGGAGAGCCUGACUCGGAUCCCCAGCUGGCCAGACACCAAGGGGAUGUGGAGGCCAAGGACCCCAGUGCCUCCCAGCCCUCUGAGCUGCCCAGCUUGAGCCAGCCUGAGCUGGAAACCUGGGAGCAGAUCCUCCGUCAGAGUGUCCUCCAGCACGGGGUGGCCACAGCCCCUGCCACGGCCCCGAUCGGUGGCUAUCGGGAGUUUGUGUGCGAGCUGAAACAGGGCAGCACCCAGGACAGCAGGGCAGUGGACUUUGGCCCCUCUGGAGAGACUGGCUACAAGGCCUUCUCGAGCCUGCUCACUGGUAGUGCCGCCUGCCCAGGGAUAUCUGGGGUCGAGGCCAGCAGUGGGGAGGGGGGCUACAGGCCCUUCCAGAACCUCGAUCCUGGCUGCCCUGGGGCCCCUGCCUCAGUCCCCAUCCCCCAGUUCACCUUUGGACUCAGCACAGAGCCACCUUUCAGCCCCCAGACCUCACUCCCACCAAGCAGCAACCCAGAGUGCUUUGGGCUAGAGCUGGUGGUGAAGGAAGAGGACAGCCAGAAGCCCCUGCCCUCCCUGGAGCAGGCCGUGGACCCCCUCGGCGAUGACCUGGGCUGUGGCAUUGUCUACUCAGCCCUCACCUGCCACCUGUGUGGCCACCUGAAGCAGUGUCACGGGCAGGAGGAGCGUGGCAAGGCCCUCGUGGCCAGCCCCUGCUGUGGCUGCUGUUGUGGGGACAGGUCCCCACCCCUGGUGAGCCCCCUCUGGGCCCAGGACCCCUUGCUGGGUACAGGUCCACGAGAGGCCAGCCUCUCCCCGGUAUCCCUGGCUCCCUUGGGUGUCUCCGAGGAGAGUAAGUCCUCACCAUCCUUCCAAACUGCCCCCAGUGCUGUUCAGAGCUCAGGCGAGCUCCCCAAACCAGAGGCCAUGGCCUCCACAGGCUCCACGUACAUGAGUGUUUCCUAGGAACAUGCCCUGUGGCUACCGAGGGCUGGGCCUUAGCCAUGCCGGGAAAUGCCUCCUCCCCCUGGAAGGCUUCCAGGCUGGCAUGUUUCCAAAAGACUCAGAGAGCCCAGGUAUGAUGUUAACCAGACACAGGACUACGGAGAACAGACGCCGUCCCCCAACAUUGACCUGGGCUCCCCAUAAGGUGCAGCAGCCACAUCCCAUGGGGGUGGAGGGCACCUGUGUGCCUGAACUUCAUUCCUGUUACCCCGGCACCUUGGCCACCUCUCCCCCAGCCCCUCCAGCUGACUGGCCUCGUUAGACCCACCCAAGGCGCCUUGUGCCCUGAAUCCCCCGGCUGCCCGCGUCUCACGCCGGUCCUGGGUUAGCUGCCUCCGUUUCCCUGGCGGGAAGCUGAGCCUCCAAACUAACAAGGAAUGACUUGAGAGGCCCCGGGAAACAGGCAGGAAGUUGAGGGCCAGGGAAGGGUGAUCCUUGCCUCAGCAGUGCCCAUUCGUUUGGCAGAACUUCACUGGGUUGACACUGGAGGCAGAUUCCGGGCUGUGGAUGGGGUUCUCAGUCAAGUGGGGGCAACGGAGAAGGACACAAAAAAUGGCAGUUCCCAAAGCAAUGAUGCUUGGCUGGCCUGUGCACAGUUAGAAGGCUCGGGGGUUCCUGAUGAUCCUGGGGUCCCCAGAGUGAACAUGCCCAGCUACCUCGGGGCGAGCCUGUCUCGCCUUGGACUCAGUGGCUGGCAGUCACAGAGAGACCGGAGAAAGUGGUUCAUGUCUUGGGGCGUGGCCCUGGCCAGACUGUGGCCCCCUUUAGCUGGCACCUUGCCCCAGGCCUUGGGUGCUGGGAACCCGGGGGACCCGGUGUAGGCCAGUGCUUGUUUGCGUGAGUCUCAAAGAUUGUUUUAUCACCUGGCAUCAAUGUUUGCUGAAGAGGGUGGGA